AUGAGUAGACAGCAAUUAAAUCAAACAACAAAAGCUAAUCAAGUGCUUCGUUCUAUUCUUGACCAAGAUGAAUUGACUACUGUAAAAAAAAAUCUUCAAGCACAAAAAAUUGAUGUAUCCAAUGAAUUUAUAAAUGAUACAUGGCAACGUGUAUACAAAAUUCAUUUUCUUAAACAUAAUUUAAUGACAUGUAUUGAUUGUCGUCGAUUUUUUUAUUAUUAUCAAAAAGGAUUUUCUGAUCAAGGUCUUGAUUGUCAUGAAGUUGUUUUCUUUUGGCGUUUAAAACGUAUGAUUGAAAUAACAAGUAAUGCAAUACGACAGCAAAUAUCAAAUAUUGAAACUCGUCGACUUGAACGAGAAGUUAAAGAUAUAUUAGAUGAUUUCAGUGGAGAUGAAACAUUGAAAGCAAAUCUUCUUAAAGGAAAAAGAGUUGAUUUAGCUGAAGAAUUGAAACGUGUUCGACAAGUUCAAGAAAAACUAGAAGAAUUUAUUGAAGCAUUGAAUACAGAAAAAUAA